AUGCAGUCGGCAAAAGUUUCUUUCGAGGAUGCACCGUUGGUGCAAAUCGCUCAGAAUCAGAAGGACUUGGAAGAGCAAAUAGCAACGGCCACUCGAAUACACACCUCGAAGGUCAGCACAUUGAUGAAGUCGAUUGACAAACUGCAGAAGGAUAACUUACUUCUCCACAAGAGAAGUAAGGAAGCCAAUCGGACUGGUCAGUACAAAAGGCUUCAAGCUGAACUUGGUCGGCAGGAUGUGAUGAUUGAAGCACUCAGAUGUUGUGUAGACACCUCUAGGGCACAAGAACUACUGGCCGAUGCUAUCACUUCGGUGGGCAAUGUGAUUGAGUGCAAAUCGUGCAAUGGCGUGAAACAGGAGCUGUUCAAGAGUGACAAUGACCAGCUUUGCAAGCAGUGCUACUGUCAACGCUUUUGGCAAGAACCAGCCCCUGAAAGUCGAGUCACAUGUGCCGCAGCAGAAUUUCCAGCCACAAUUGAAGAGCUUCAAGAGGAGUGCCGCGCUGUAGAGCAUGAGCUGGGAAUUGCAAAGCGCGCGUCAAGAAAGCAACAGCCUUCAAAGGACACCGCGCCAACUUUUGCUGCCUUCAGCACGGUUUCAGCUUUGACAAACUUGCUUGCCGGCUACGUUCAGCGUUCGGAUCAGCUUCGGAAGGAAAACGAAACUUUGCAGAAUCAGCGCGAGCAGUUGGAGAGGUCAGUUGCAGACCAGGAGGAGGUUGCCAGGCUGCAGCUUCAGCAGCAGAUAUUGAGCCUGCCUGGUUUGCCAGGAGACAGUAAGGAAUCUUCUACAGCAGAGGAUCUUGAGUCGCGCUUGCGGCUGCGGCAAGGUGAGAUGGAUCGCGUGACGCAAACUGUGGCAGAAACACAGCGGCUUCUGGCCUUCCAAAGUGCCAAGCAAGAAGCGAUGCAAGAAGAGCUUGCAGCCACCCAUUCUGAGCUUUCCACAUUGCAGCGAGAGACUGACGCCUGGGUCUCCAUACAGUCAGCGGGUCAUGCCAAACAUUUGGACAAGCUGAAGCGAUCCCAAGAUCAAACCUUGCAACAAUUGAAGCACGGGCGUGAACAGCUCAAAGCAACAAUUGGCAAACUGCGGAAAUCUCUGAAAGAUGCGACUGAUCAACGAAGCCCACUGGAGGUGCAAACGAGGAGCAAGGCACAGGCAGCACGACUGAUUGCAGUAUGCCCUGUGAAGAAAAAGGACUGGCCAAACUUUUGGUCACAGCUUCAGAUGGAGGAGGAAUCUGGCAUGGCAACACCGGUCAGACAAGUCUUGUCAGCACAUGGAGUUCAGGUGUCGGAUGGCGAAAUGCCAGAUUCAUUGAAGCUCGUCAAGGUGGAAGACCUAAAACGGGACCUCUGCAAAUUGGAAAUUGCCGAGUCUGAAGUCAAUGAGCUGCUGAAGCGUUGUGGUGCACGGGAGAUGCACAAGGCUUUCCAAGCAAGGGCCGAGCCGAAACUUGCGGCUUUGGAUCGGAUUGAGAAGCUAAGCUCAUCAGAGCAGGAGACCUUGCAACGAUUUUUCGCGGAG